AUGGUCAAUCUUACAAAACUAGAGUUCACUGCCCUUCAAAGUUCGGGCAGGAACUACCUCUCAUGGGUGUUGGAUGCUGAAAUCCACCUUGAUGCAAUGGGUCUUGGAGACACCAUAAAAGAAGAAAAUAAGACAUCAAAUCAAAACUGUGCACGAACAAUGAUAUUCUUGCGUCAUCAUCUUGACGAAAUUCUGAAAAUCGAAUAUCUGACAGUUAAGUAUCCACUUGUUUUGUGGAAAAACCUAAAAGAAAGAUUUGACCACUUGAAGAUGGUCAUACAUCCAAAGGCACGGUAUUAUUGGAUGCAUCUAAGGCUACAAGAUUUUAAGUCUAUACAUGAGUACAAUUCUGCCAUGUUCAGAAUCACUUCUCAAUUGAAAUUAUGUGGAGAAACGGUUAGUGAGAUUGAUAUGAUGGAAAAGACUUCUCCACUUUUCAUGCCUCGAAUGUGCUCUUGCAGCAACAAUAUCGAGAAAAAGGUUUCAAAAAUGAAUGAGGCGUACGUCCACCAUGCUAGGCGUGGAAAAGGUCGCGGUCCUAAUCGUGGUCGUGGACGUGGUCGUGGACGUGGACGUGGUUGUGGUCGUGAUUAUGGUCAAGAACAUUUCUUCGCACAUCCUGAAGGAAAAAUAGAUCACUUAAUUGGUGAUGGUUCUGUGAACAUGGAAGAGUGA